CUCAACUCUAGCCGGUCAGUGCGUAACGUCGUGAACGGGAGCGUCGGGCUGCAUUCCGCAGGAGCUCGGCCGUCCCAUCACUCAGAACAACUUCUCAGCAAACUUUUGGGAUUGUUUUAUUAUAUGAGAGGAGGAAAGCGAGGGCUACUGAGGUGAACCAGCGAGGGAAUGGAGAAGCACAAAGUGCUGGACCAGCUCCUGAUGGAGCUCCACCGCUUCCUCUUCAUCCUGGACAAGGAGACCCUGAGUGGGAAGGCCACCAUCCAGAAGGGCUUUCUCUCUGAUCUCCUCCAGUCCUACAGGACAUCCAAUGGUGCUGAUGAAGAGUAUAUCUACAUGAACAAAGUCAUUGUUACUGAUGACAGAUCAGAUGCCCUGGUCAAUGGAAAAGCAGCAAAAUAUGUCCCCGUUCCACAGAAGAGCCUCCCCAAUCUGCCACCCCCAAGAGCAGGUGUGAUGGGUCGGGAGCCGUUCCCUUUACCUGCAGUCCCUGCUCCAGCCUGUUCAGAUACUUCAGAGAGUUACUACGAGGAGGCUCAACCCUAUGAGGAAACUUUCAAUGACGACGUGGAUGCCGUUAGCAGUUCGUACGAGUCCUACGAUGAGGAGGAAGUGAUCAGAGAAAAGCUACCGUCAGCGCAGCACCAGUGGCCUUCAGCGGAGGCGUCCAUCGAGCUCAUGAAGGACGCUCGUAUCUGUGCCUUCCUGUGGAGGAAGAAGUGGCUGGGCCAGUGGGCCAAACAGCUGUGUGUCAUCAAAGACCAUCGCCUGCUGUGCUACAAGAGCUCCAAGGAGCAGACGCCUCUGCUGGAUGUGAGUCUGCUGGGCUGCAGUGUGGUCUACAAGGAGAAGCAGAUGAGGAGGAAAGAGCACAAGCUGAAGAUCAUUCCAGUGGGAGGGGAAGCCAUCGUGCUGGGCCUGCAGAGCAAGGAGCAGACGGAGCAGUGGCUGAGGGUGAUUCAGGAGAUCAGUCCCAAGCUAGCUGAAAACUGUGACCCGCAACAGUCUGGGUCUGACUCCCCAAGGCUCAUUUGUACCAAGGGAGAACUGAGUGAGAGAUACUCAGUGGCUUCAGAGAGCGGCAGCAGCACUGACAGCCAUGCUGAGACUCCCGAAAACAAAGAUGUGAAGAAAAAAGGCGGUGGAGGGUUGAAGUUUAGCAACCUCAUGAACAUCGGCAAGAAAAAACACUCCUCGUUGGAGAGUCCGGAGAAAUGCGUGGACACCUCAGGCUACCUCAACGUGUUGGUGAACAGCCAAUGGCGGACCUGCUGGUGCCUUAUUAAGAAUGGACAGCUAUGGUUUUACCAGGACAAGGGGAAGAACAAAGUGAGCCAGCCAGCUGUGACCCUGGGGGGCUGCAACGUUCUGCCCGACCCCAGCCCCGAGCACCUGUACUCCUUCAGGAUCAACAUGGAGGGGACUCAGCUGGCAACCCUAGAGGCUAAGACGUCAGCAGACAUGGGCCAUUGGCUGGGCCUCUUGCUGUCACAGACGGGGAGCAAGAUGGACCCCGAGGAACUCACAUACGACUACGUCAACGCUGAGAGGAUCUCCAGCAUCGUCAAUGCUGCCAAGACUUCCUUAUACUUGAUGCAGAGGGGGUAUUCAGAGCCAAACACCUACAUAGACACCCCGGCCUCCAUCCCUCGCGACUCUGAUGAACUGUAUGAUGAUGUGGCAUCCAUAGCUGACCCAGAGGAUGCUGAAGAGAGUGGCCUGCCAGAGAGUGAGGACAACAAUCUUCAGGAACACAAUGAAACAUGCGCACAGGACACCAAGGACUCAGUGGGAACAGAUGAGGACCCUGAUAACAGGGUUUACCUGGACCUGAUCCCUGUACGCUCCUUCCUCCAUAAAGCCCCUGCCAAAGAAACUUCUAGACAUUCCCCGGUCCCGGUGGAGGAGGUGAAGGACCCCUCAUCUCAAAUGAAAGAGGACAUUUCAACUAACCGUACUGAGUCAACAACUGAGUCAAAUGGAACAAGUCCGACCUCUGUUACCAGCAAACCAGAACAAGAGCACCUGACAACUCCCGCUGCACGACAGCCCCAAACCCAAACAGUCAAGACCUCAUCCCAAAGCCAGGAGACCCCCAAGAGGACAAGUGUGGAAAUCCCACAGGCCUUCAGCUCCUCGGGGCUCGAGAUCAAUAAAGGCCCCAUGGUGUCUGUUGGGCUUCCUCGCAGUCCUCACCCCCUGAGGCCGAAGGCAUAUACCAUAGGGUGUCCCGGAGCAGUGGAAAUAAAACUGGGCAAGAACCGCACAGAGGCCGACGUGCGCCGCUACAUCGAUGAGCGCGACCGUCUGGAGCGAGACAGGGAGGAGGUGAGGAGCAGCCUGGCAAACCUGAAGAAGGAGAGGAGGGAGACCAAAGAGGAGCUCAGCGCCUGCCAAGACCCCAAGCAGCAGGCCUCAUUAGAAGCCUGUUUGAAGCAGAAGGAGGAAGCGUGUCGGGACGCGGAGCACCGUAGGGUAGAGGUGGAGCUCCGACUGGUGGAAGUGAAGGAAAGUCUGAAGAAGGUGGAGUCGGGGCCUUUCACACUGGGAACCACACUGGACAGCAGCCUCCAGGACGCACCAACGCCUAAAGCCACCCUGGCUGCUCCCCAGACAUCUUCAUCAUCUUCAUUAUCAUCAUCAUCAUCACCAUCAUCCCAGCCCUACAACAGCAACGUCAGUGCAGACCCAGUCAACUCUGCCUCUGCGCUGAAGAACAGACCUGCCUCCAUCAUGGCCACCAAAGGCAAAGUCCUGCAGAAGGCUAUGGAGUGGGAGAAGAUCCACUUCAUAGAGGGACACCUAGAUGCCCUUUGACCUCUCAGAUCUCUAUUGGGCCUGUCCGCUGUCCGCAAUAGGAACCAUUGUUUUACCAGACCAGAGGGACAAAUCAACGCUCUCAUUCAUCCUCCUCGCUUCCUUGCCAAGACUAUAAAAGAACAAUCAGAGAGAUGCACAAGCCGUCUUCUCAAACACCACUGGAAAAUCUUAAUUUCAAUGACAUUUCAAGUUGUUGUUUUUUUCCCCAUUUGCUAAAGUAAGGACAUUGAUGUCGUAGCAUUUUGGCCAAUUUAACAAUUGAUCCUGAUGAUGAUGCACACAUGCGAUGUUUCAACAUUGAAAACAGCCAAACCUUUGAAACCACUGAGACAGAGAGAUACCCCUCUACCAAAUUUUGUACACUCUAGAUUGUAGCUUGGUUCAUAUAUGCUGGUAGCCAAGAUGUAAAUAUAUUAACACCAUUAUUCAGCCUCAUUUGGUUGUAUUGCUAGCUAAAAAUGCACUUUUUAUUAAAAUAAAAAUGUACUGAC